AUGCCCGAAGAAUAUUUUUUUGAUGGAGAAGACAAUUCCAAUUUAACUCUGUUUGCCCUAAAGGACAUAGUUGAGGCAACAAACAAUUUCGCAGAUGCUAAUGUGCUUGGAAAAGGUGGCUUUGGUUCAAGGCUAUCAAAGUAUUCUGGACAAGGCAUUGAAGAAUUCAGGAAUGAGGUUACUUUAAUUGCAAAGCUUCAACAUAGAAAUCUUGUGAGGAUCUUAGGUUGUUGCGUAGAUGGAGAAGAAAAGAUGGUGGUAUAUGAAUAUUUGCCAAACAAAAGCUUGGACUCUUUCAUCUUUGAUCAAGCAAACAAACUACACUUAGAUUGGAGGAAAAGAUUUGACAUCAUUUGUGGAGUUGCAAGAGGAAUUUUAUACCUUCAUCAAUAUUCAAGAAUAAGAAUAAUUCAUAGAGACUUAAAGGCUAUCAGUGUCUUGUUAGAUCUUGCAAUGAACCCAAAGAUUGCAGAUUUUGGUAUGGCAAGAAUAUUUGGUGGAGGCCAAACUGAAGCAAACACAAACCGUGUUGUUGGAACUUAUAGUUAUAUGUCACUUGAAUAUGCAAUGGAAGGCAUUUUUUCAAUAAAAUCAGAUGUGUACAGUUUUGGAGUUUUACUUUUGGAGAUUAUUUGGAAUCUUUGGAAAGAAAGUCGAGCUAUGGAGAUUGUUGAUCCAUCAUUACUAGAUGAAACAUGCCCUGAACAUGAAGUUCUGAAAAGCAUCCAGAUUCAGCUUUUAUGUGUGCUAGACAACACUGGUCAUGAGACACGAACUAUUUGGCGAGCUAGGAGAAUAAUUGGCUCCAAGUUUGGAGAAGACGACUCCAAUUUAACUCUGUUUGACCAAAAGCACAUCGUUGAGGCAACAAACAAUUUCGCAGAUGCUAAUAUGCUUGGAAAAGGUGGCUUUGGUUUAGUAUACAAGGGUCUACUUGAAGAUGGAAUGGAAAUAGCAGUUAAGAGGCUAUCAAGGUAUUCUGGACAAGGCAUUGAAGAAUUCAGGAAUGAGGUUACUUUAAUUGCAAAGCUUCAACAUAGAAAUCUUGUAAGGAUCUUAGCUUGUUACGUAGAUGGAGAAGAAAAGAUGGUGGUAUAUGAAUAUUUGCCAAACAAAAGCUUGGACUCUUUCAUCUUUGAUCAAGCAAACAAGCCAAAGUUAGAUUGGAGGAAAAGAUUUGACAUCAUUUGUGGAGUUGCAAGAGGAAUUUUAUACCCUUUUCAAGAUUCAAUAUUAAGAAUAAUUCAUAAAGACUUAAAGGCUAGCAAUGUCUUGUUGGAUCUUGUAAUGAACCCAAAAAUUGCAGAUUUUGGUAUGGCAAGAAUAUUUGGUGGAAACCAAACUGAAGCAAUCACAAACCGUGUUGUUAGAACUUAUGGUUAUAUGUCAUCUGAAUAUGCAAUGGAAGGAAUUUUUUCAAUAAAAUCAGAUGCAUGCAGUUUUGGAGUUUUACUUUUGGAAAUUGUUACUAGCAGGAAGAAUAAUGGUCAUUAUGAUGACAUUACUUGUACUUUUAUUUGGAAUCUUUGGAGAGAAAGUCGAGCUAUGGAAAUUGUUGAUCCAUCAUUACUAGGCGAAACAUGCCCUGAACAUGAAGUUCUCAAAUGCAUCCAGAUUGGGCUUCUAUGUGAGCAAGAAUAUGCAACAGAUAGGCCUACCAUGUCAGAAGUUGUUUUCAUGUUGGAUAAUGACUCGACUCUUCCCCCUCCAAAGCAACCGGCAUUUCUUUUCAAGAAAAAUAAGUAUUAUGAUUCAAAUCCAUCAAUUAGUAAAGGAGUUAAUUCAGUUAAUAAGAUGAGUACUACUGUGGUUGAAGCUCACUGA